AUGCAGGGGCAUUGUAUGACCCACAAAGCUGAUGCCCCCUUCUUGAAUACCCCAAUUGAAUACUAUCAUGCCUUGGCUUCCAUUUAUGGGACAAUGGGGGCUAAGGGGCUGGGUGCUAGGUCUGGCAAUGAUCUUCUUUCUAUUGAUAUUGAAGACGAGGAGAAUGGUGAGGUGAACACGUCACCAAAUGUUGGUGAGUCUUCUGACCCCAAAGCACCACCCAAAAAGAAGGCUAAGGUAAAGAACAUUGUUGAUGAUCCACUGGUUACCACUCUCAAAGAUGGGUUCAAACUUGUGGCUGAAGCGCUUGCUAAGUCUAGUGGAGAUGAUGAUGAUAUACCCGAUGACCUUUGGGAUGUAGUGUCUGUAUUGCCAGAUUUUGAUGAAGAGCACCUAGCCCACUACUAUGCCCAUCUUGUGGACAACCCCAAGACAGCAAGAGCCUUCAUGAAACUUACCCAAAUCAACGAGUCUGUUUGGGUGAGUAGGUAUGUGAAGAAGAACUUCUAA